AUGGACGGACUUCUAAUCAAUACGGAAGACAUCAUCACUCUGUCCACAAACGAGCUUCUCGAAAAAUACAAAAGGCCUGCAUUUACCUCGUCGAUUCGAUCUCAGCUAAUGGGCAUCCCGGACUCAACAAACAGCGAUGUGUUUCACAACUGGGCCAAAUUACCAAUAUCCCACGAGCAAUUCGCUCGUGAAUCGACUGAAAACAUGCGCCGGCAUUUUCCGAGUUGCAAGCCAUUACCUGGUGCACCAGAACUUCUAUCAAACCUCAGCCGUGCACGAAAUGCCAAUUCUGGGGACAGGAUUGAGCUAGCAUUGGCGUCCAGCACCAAGACUCAUAGCUACAAACUAAAAACCUCGAAUCCGGAAACAAAAGAGCUACUUAGCUUUUUCCAGGCUGACAGGCAAGUCCUGGGAGAUGAUCCACGGGUAGGCCAGGGUCGAGGAAAACCGGCGCCGGACAUAUAUUUAGUCGCUUUGCAGUCGUUAAACUCGACGAAAAGUCCUGGAAGACCCCCCAUCAUGCCUAAGGAAUGUUUGGUCUUUGAGGAUAGUGUGGCUGGGGUUGAAGCUGGAAGACGGGCUGGGAUGAGGGUCAUCUGGGUGCCGCAUCCAGAUGUGGCGAUGGAGUAUCAAGCGAGUCAGAAAGCUGUGCUGGCUGGGAGGACGGGACUAUUUGACGUCGGAGACGACUGGCAACUAGGAGAUAUUGAUGAUGGCUGGGCUGAAAGUGUAUCCAGUCUGAAAAAAUUCGAUUACGAAAAGUACGGCAUUGAACGUGGACCUUGA